CACAGCAGCCAGGAACUGGCAGCGUCGGGUCAAGGGGCACGGACGCUGCCACCAUGACCCGGCUGCCUGCCGGGCGCGCUCUGCUCGCGGCCGCCCUCGGUCUCUCCUGGCAACCCCGACUUCUCCGUCACCAUGUUGGCCCGGCUGCAUGGAGACGCCGGUGCUUCGGCGCCGGAAGCGAAGCAGAAGACGGCAGGCGGGCUACUCCUCUGCUAAAGCAUCUCGUGCUCAAGAUAAAGUCCACGGGCCCUCUCACAGUCGCUGAAUACAUGCGGGAAGUCCUAACGAAUCCUGUGGAGGGUUACUAUAUGCACCAUGACAUGCUGGGAGAGAAAGGGGAUUUUGUUACUUCACCUGAAAUAAGUCAAAUCUUUGGGGAGUUAAUAGGAAUAUGGUAUGUUAGUGAAUGGAUGGCCGCUGGCAAACCUAAAACUCUCCAACUGGUGGAACUAGGCCCAGGUAGGGGCACUCUUACAGAUGAUAUUUUGCGGGUUUUUAACCAGCUGGGCUCUUUACUCAAUAAAUGUGACAUUUCUAUUCAUCUGGUAGAGGUGAGCCCCAAACUAAGUGAGAUCCAAGCAUUGACACUGACAGGGGGGAAGAUACAAUCAGAGCUUGAUGUUACAUUCCCUGUCUACAUGAAAGGCAUUAGCAAGGCUGGAAUUCCAAUCUUCUGGUACCGAGAGCUGCAAGAUGUACCACAAGGUACCAGCUUUUAUUUAGCACAUGAAUUUUUUGAUGCCUUGCCAAUACAUAAAUUUCAGAGGACAGAAAAAGGAUGGCGCGAAGUGUUGAUUGAUAUAGAUCCAAAAGGUCCUGACCAACUGUGUUUUGUUCUGGCACCAUCUGCUACCCCUGCUACAGAAUACUUCAUACAGAGUAAAGAAGAAAGAGAUCACGUGGAAGUAUGUCCUGAUGCUGGCAUCCUCAUUCAGAGACUUGCGUGUCGUAUUCAAGAGGACGGGGGAGCUGCACUUAUUGCUGAUUAUGGUCACAAUGGAAAUAAGACUGACACUUUCAGGAGUUUCCGCAGUCACAAACUUCAUGAUGUAUUAAUAGCUCCAGGUACAGCAGACCUGACAGCAGAUGUUGACUUCAGCUAUCUCCAAACCAUGACACAGGGAAGAGUAGCCACCUUGGGACCUCUAAAGCAACAGGAAUUCUUAAAGAAUAUGGGUAUUGAUGUCCGGCUGCAGGUGCUAUUGCAGAAUUCAAGUGACACAGCAAUGCACAAACACUUGCUUCAAAGCUAUGAUAUGUUAAUGAAUCCUAAGAAAAUGGGGGAUCGCUUUAAUUUUUUUGCCCUACUGCCUCAUCAGAGACUUGCACAUUCUGAUCAGAAAGUGAAUCUACAACACUCAAAAUCUCUUUCAGCACCUGUUGCUGGAUUUGGUGAACUUGUCUGGAAGUAAAGCUAAAGAUUAGACACUUUGUAUAAUUGAUGGGAGCCUGCCACUAACUAUUAGUCACAGUAAAGAAAA